AUGCCCGAUAGUCUCUACGGCAUCAAGCCAUCCUCCAAAACCAAGGCGAAAGAGAUAUCGUCCUCGACUUCGCUCGCAUUCUCCACAACCCUUGCAUCACUUAUCUCGAACUCAUCCUCCAGCAAAACUAAAGCCAGCACCGGGCGACCUCGGCCCUCGAAAGACAAGAACGACAUAUUUACCGCGCACAACAAGAAUGUCAAGAAGCGGUCGGCCGCCGACCUCGAAGAUCACGAUGGGCAGCAGCGGCACAAAACCAAAGACGACAUUGGCUCCGUCGAUGCCGCCGAGCUACACCGGUCAAAGAGAAAAAUGGAGGACAAGGUGCGACUAUACAACGCCAUGAAGCGCGGCGAGUACAUUGGCAAGGAGGGCUACGACGAGCGCACGCUGGUAGAUUUCGACCGCAAAUGGGCCGAAACCCAAGCACACGGCGACGAUGACGACGCCGAAGACUCGGACUCGGAUAGCGCCGGCACCGCAGACGGAGAUGAAGAGCUGGUCGAAUACUUUGACGAAUUCGGACGGCUGCGCAAAGGCACAAAGGCCCAGGCGGCCCGCGAGGAAAGACUCAAGCGCAUGCGAGCCAAUCUGGCCGAGGAAGAAGAACGGCUCUCGGCCAGACCUUCAAUGCCCACCAAUGUCAUUCAUGGAGACACGAUCCAACAUGCGGCGUUCAACCCGGAUGAGGUCAUUGCCGAAAGAAUGGCCGAGCUGGCGAAGAAGAGAGAUAAAUCACCUACUCCGCCUCCAGACACCCACUUUGAUGCAAAGGCCGAGGUCAGGACCAAAGGCACUGGGUUUUAUGCAUUCAGCCACGAUGCCGACACCCGGAAGCGCGAGAUGGAGGCCUUGGAAAGGGAGAGACAGGAAACAGAAAGAAUACGCCAGGAACGAGAACAGAAGAAGGAGCAGAGACGGAAGGAGAUUGAAGAACGUCGCAAGAUGAUCGCUGAACAGAGAGCCAAAGCUCAGGCCGACAAAUUCUUGGACUCGCUGGACAUUGAGGGUGUGUGGAAUUGA